UUGUUUUGAAUUUUGAUUUCAUAAAUAGUCCUGAAAAUUGCAAUUUCAAAUCUAAAAUAUAAAUUCUACAUUUUAAAAUAAUUAUCAAGAAAUGGUUCUGAUUCUAAAAUAUGUGAUUUAGAGUUUUAUUAUAUAGUUUUGCAUGACCAACACCGGGUGUAUGCCAUAGAAUAUGUUCCUUGAGAGUUUAGAAUUCUUAAAACCUUGAAAAUUUUAUCAUUUAAUUACAGCAACAAAACGAGUAAUAUGAAGUAAAAAAUCACAAGGGAUAAUUGAAUCGAACAACAAUAAUAAGCUACCAUGAAUGUUGGGGCGUUUGGUGAGAGGGAGGUAGCUCUCAUUGCAGAUGAGCUGAGUAAUGCAGUGGAGUUGACUCUCAAUCCCACUGUGGCGCACGAAGCAAGGAAACAAGCUUAUACUGCCUGUGAGAGUUUCAAGGACAACUCACCAUGGUGUGCGCAGGCAGGCUUGCUACUGGCCAGCGGGCCCCAAUAUUCACCAGUGGUGAAGCAUUUUGGUCUGCAGUUGAUGGAGCAUACUGUCAAGUACAGAUGGACACAUAUUAGUCAGGCUGAGAAGAUAUUCAUUAAGGAAAAUGCUAUGAAACUCCUGAACAUGGGUGGUUGGGAAAUAGGCCACUUGAAUGAUGCACUAGCUAGAGUGAUAGUUGAGAUGAUAAAACGCGAGUGGCCCCAGCAGUGGUCCACUUUGCUUGCUGAGCUAAGUGACGCUUGCAGUAGGGGCCAUCUGCACACUCAGAUUGUGCUGCACGUGUUCCUGAGAUUAGUGGAGGAUGUUGCUACAUUACAAACAUUAGAACAACAUCAGCGACGCAAGGACAUAUACCAGGCUCUGACAAGCAACAUGGCUGAGAUAUUUGCGUUCUUCAUGCGCCUCAUUGAGUUGCAUGUUCAGGAGUUUAGAGAGAAGACCGCAGCUGGGGACUACGGCGCAGCGGCGAGCAAUGGCCGAGUUGUGCAGGUGGUGCUACUCACCCUGACAGGGUUUGUGGAGUGGGUGUCCACCAAUCAUGUGGUGAGCAACAACGGCAGGCUGCUGGAGAUCCUCUGCAUCCUGCUCAGCGACGACGCCUUCCAACUGCCCGCUGCCGAGUGUCUGCUCCAGAUCGUCAAUAGGAAGGGCUCUACAAAGGAGCGCAAGCCGUUGAUGAUACUGUUCAGCGAGAAUGCCAUCUCGUACAUCCACCGCGCGGCGCUGCAGAGCAUUGGCGCGGUUGAUGAGCCUCACUACUUGUUCCUGAAGAAGCUCUCACAGGUCCUCGCGGGAUUGGCUCAACAACUCACAUCACUGUGGAACUUUGCAACCAACACUGAAACCUGGUUACCACUGCUGUUGGAGACCAUGCUACUGUUAUCAUCACAUCCGUCCCUCACGUUGGCGCAUACGGCCAACUCUAUGUGGCUGGCCUUCCUCAAACACGAGCAGAUCUCCAAGUUGCCACAUGUGUUGGCCAUGGUGCCACGUUGGCUCCAAGCUGCAGCACCUAAAGUUUUGAAGGUGACGUACCCGUCGUCGCGAGUGAGCGGCGUCAACGACGCAGUGUCGUACGCCUGCAUGGACUACGACAGCGAACAGGAGUUCGCCAUCUUCUUCAACCGCUGCAGAACAGAGAUAUUGGAGAGUUUCAGGUAUUGCAUGACGGCCGCGCCGCUAGUGACGUGGUCGUACGUGGAACAAUGGACACAGACGGCUCUGGACAAAGUGGACUCGUGCCCAUUGCAGCUGGACGUCACACAUCCCUUACACGUGGAGUGGGAAGCAUUAGCUCAGGUUCUCGAGGUAGUGCUAUCUCGUUUACUCCAAGCAGAACCUCGUCCCAACGUAGCGGAGGGGCUAAGACUGUUGCAACGUUGCGUGGCUACGGAACCUCGGGCUCCGCUGAUAUUGUCACUUCUCCUGUCCUUCAUAUCCGCGCUCUUCGUGUUCCUCAGCUGUGCUUACAGCCAACUUGCAGGGCCAGGCGUGGGGUCGGCGGGCGCGGAGCUGCUGCCGCGCGUGCUGGACAAGAUCUUCGCGGCCCUGGUGUACGAGGGCACGGCCUCCGAGGACCGCAGCUCGCGGAACGUGAAGAAUGUUCGCAGGCACGCCGCCAGCCUACUCGUCAGACUCGGCUCCAAAUACCCGUUGCUGUUGCUGCCCGUGUUCGGGCGCCUUCACGAGCUGUGUCAGAACACGCUCGCGCGCCCCGACCUCAGCGCCUUGGAGAGUGUCACGUUGCAGGAAGCUCUGUUGCUGGUCUCCAACCACUUCUGUUGCUACGAGCGGCAGAGCGCCCUAGUUGCUCAGGUUCUCGGUGACUGCAGAGAGCGGUGGGCAGCCCUCAGUCCACAUUUACAGUCAGCCGCAGGGUUGGCUCGGCUGGUCGGACUAGACUCCCCAGCCUCUGACGACGACCCUGAAAAGGCACAAGCAAGGCGGACCUUACUCCACGCCCUUACCCUCACUUUGGGGGUUGUGAAACGUACGCAAGUUCCUGCUGACCCCGAUAAGGCUUCACGUGGUGGGUUUAGCGCGGGCGUAACUCCAUCCGGCAACCCAGUAUGGCGGAACCCGUGCGGCGCUCACGUGCUACCGCUGUUCCCGGCCGCCUUGUCCCUCGCGCGGGCGCUACACGAGCUACACUCGCCUCAAGCGGCCUCGCUGCGACACCCGGCGCAUGCGCGCGCGCUGCAACCGCCGCCCGCUGAAAGGCGGAACUUACUGGGCUUGAGGGACGAUGCUCCGCCCACACCCGUGGCCACUCCUCAAGACCGCAUGCAGAAUCUGUUGCAUACGCUGCACGAAAAUGUGUGUGGGCUAGUGGGCGCGGCGGCAGCGUCGCUGGGUCGCGAGUUGUUCGGGGUGGCGAAUCUUGCCGAAGCCCUCGCGCUGUCGCUCCUGGCGGCGCCGGAGACCCUGCCCGACCAUUGGCUGCGACGCGUGCUGCGGGCGGCGCUGAGGCCGCUAAUGCUGCACUGCCCUCCCGCGCAUUAUGCCGAUGUAGCCCUGCCGCUGAUGCGACACCUCGCUCCCAUAAUGCUGGUCCACUUGAACCAGCGCUGGGAGUACGUGACGUCGCUGUACGAGUCGGGCAAGCUGGAGGAGGAGGGCGGCAGCGAGUCGCAGGAGGUGCUGGAGGACAUGCUCGUGCGACACCUCACCAGGGAACACCUGGAGCUGUUGAAGGUGUCUCUAGUGGAAGGUGGCGUGAGCACAGAGCCGUGCACGGACAUGGAGGAAGAGACUCCGCCCACCAACCCGGGCCGAGCUCCGGAACAGGUGUCCGAACUGGGCGCCAUCAUACUAGCUGACCCUGUCGCUGGACCCGCUGUCUUACAUACUAUACUCCGCGCGUUGACUUGGAACGACUCGACGUCAUCGUUACGCGCGUGCGCGCUGGCUUUGCCCGCCUUACGAGCGGCCAUCUCCGCGCACGAAGCCGGCGGCUGUGCGCUGGGCGCGGGCGAGGCCGCCGGUGCCUUGGCGGCCGUGCUGCACGCGCUGCGGCUGCACGGACAGCACGAGGCCAACCAGGCUGCGUUACUGGCACUCGCUGUACAGACGUAUGAAGCGCUACGGCCACGGUUCCCGAACGUCGCGGCGGUGCUGCGCGCUAUUCCGGACGUGGACGCGCACGACCUGCAGAGGCUCGACGAGAAGCUCGCCGCCAAUACCAACAAGCCCGCCAAGAUCGACAAGAGCAAGCGAGACCUCUUCAAGAAGAUCACGUCGAGGUUGAUCGGGCGAAACGUUGGCCAGCUGUUCAAGAAAGAGGUGUUCAUUCUGGACCUGCCUACCAUGAACACACCGAAGGAAAAGCCGCGGAGCGCGGUGGACUCGGCCGAGGGCGCCGGGCUAGAGAAGCUUUUCAAUACUAACGCGCCCACAUAGCGCCGGCCAAGCCUCGCAUACUAGUUUAUAAAUUAAAUAAUAAAUUUUAUCCUCCUCCGUUAUACUAUUUUUCUAUUUGAUGGAUUAGCUUUGGACCUCCGCAAAUUAUCUAUUUGAUCGACCCAUAUCUUACAGAUGGCGUCAUGAAAAGAUACAUAAUUACUUGAUUGCUUUGAAGGUAUGAAAAUCUAAGUUAAUAAAUUCAACGAUCUUAUUUCCACACAAAUUACUAGUCAGUUCCUAAGAAUAAUUUAGCAUACUCAUUUCUCAGGCAAUCCAGAAGAACCACCAGACUAACUUUCAGGUUUUUUCAAACGCCUCAAAAUCAGUGGUCAGGCAGUUCUAAUGCCAUCAUACAGAUUUAAUUAAUACAAAUUGUAAAAGCACUAAUAGGUUGUAUCGGAGUAUUUAAACAUGUAGUAUGCUUUUGUGAAUGGAAUAUAAAUAAUGCGUGACUUAACUCCUCAAAAGUAUGGUUUCUUAAUCUACACAGUCAAGAAAUACAAAAGUUAAUGUUCAUUUCUGUCACCUGUUGUUUUGAACCUUGUGAACUCUUUAGCUUGGCUUAACGGAGUGCCGCGCAACGUUGAAUGGAAAAUAGUAUAACAGAUCGAGAAUAACAAUGUGGAACCAUGCGAACGUGAUUUUUUUAUUUUUAUAUUAAAAUGUAUCUAAAAGAUACGAUAACUUUUUGCUUGCCCAAGUGUUGGUAAUGCGUAUAUUGACUGAUAAAAUAAUAUGAUUAAUGAACUAAAUUAGUUGUAUGGAUUUUACGUAAUUUGUUUUUGGUGUAUUCGCUUCGUAUCUAAAAGGAACCGUCUAAGAUCGAAAUCUAUAGAGUACUUUGCUCAAACUUAAGUUUCCGAAAAAACGAGACGGAUUUAUACCAGCUACAUAACGCUGUCUCCUUUUAACAGUGUCUUAAGUCUGUAAAAAGUGUCUUAAGUCUGUAAACAGUGUCUUAAGUCUGUAAACAGUGUUAAGUCUGAGCAAAGUCAAAGUGUGCUCUAUAAAUCUCAGUCUUAUUGUUCAGCAUUUACGCCUAUAUAGUGUCACGUGAAAUAUAAUAUGGCUUUGCUCCAUACACUGCAUAUUGCCCGCAUCUAUAUCCAACACAAUCCACAUACUCUACAUGUUAAUUGUUAAACAACAAAAGUUGCACGCAAUAAUCUGGAUGCACUUUAACAUCGCUUAAAAUAUAUAUUUGGUUUUAGCAACUUUUUUUGGAAAUUAACACUUUGACUGACUGAUACUUUGUUUGUAUACUGAUUUGUUAAAAUUAUGUAUGUGUUCCUGAACCUGAUAAUGUACGUUUACUAUUUUUAUACAGUACAAGUGUAAAUCAAAAAUUUAUAACACCACCGACAAGUGACGGUUAUAGUAACUAGAAAAAAGC